GAGCACUAGAUCGAUUUGUCAUCCCUUCUAUCCCAUCAUGAAAGAUCCAAAGACCCCAGACGAGGAGACUCCAGCUGUCAAAAUGGAACUUGCUGGGGCCAUGGAUCAGGCAGCAUCAUAUCUGGCUCAGAGUAAUCAAUAUCCGCCCAUGACGCCAGAGAUGGAAAAGAAAUUGAUUCGGAAACUUGACUGGAUCCUGGUUCCGAUGGUAAGUGUUGGACUCCUCCAUGCAACAUACACGGUUCUAAUCAACAGCCAGUUGUUUCUGACGGCCACAUUGGGAGCAGUUGAUAAAGUUGCAAUCAGUACGGCGGCUAUAUAUGGGCUGAAAGAAGGUAAUCAACCCCGAACGGUCUUUUGAGUAGAUACUCACCUUUACUGCACAGACCUUCAUCUAGUUGGCCAGCAAUAUUCCUGGGCAGGAUCCAUUCUCUCCAUCGGUGCAAUUGUUGGGAUGUGGCCCUCUUCAUACUUGAUUCAAAAGCUCCCUUCGGCGAAGUACUUAUCAUCUUGCGCGUUUGGUUGGUCUGCCAUGGCCCUCUUGAUCUCCUCGUGCCGG